AUCGAACAGUGUGAACGCUGGGGCUUUCGCGGAAUAAUACCGUCUUUCGUUUACCAAAAUACCAAAAAUACGGUUGUCUGUACUGAAGGGAGUGUGUCACGGCUAUACAUGCCCCUCUGGCAAAUCUCGUAUGAAUAUGGAAUAUACCAAAAUACAUAUUCCAAACGGUAUUACUAAAACGUAACUCUGCCGGAUGGGCAGUGACUUUUUAGACAGACCAUUCGGGCACAGCGCGUACACACACCUUCCCCUUGAUUUCUUUUGCCGCCAAUGGUGAGUUUCGCAAAUUUAAAUUUAAACUUGAAUUUGGCUUUGCCGAGGGCCAGAUUAAGCAGAGAUCAGUUAGUGCGUGGCCUCUAGACGAUCACCAUGGCUUUUUUGCCGCUUUCGCUGAUGCUGCUGCUUCUGCUGGUCUGUGCCAGCGUCUCCUCCGUACCGAUGCUGUACAAACUGAAUCCCGAGGAAAAAUACGAGGCAGACCUUGUGCCCGUCUCCUCCACCGUGAUCCCGCUGACCGUGCUGGAGGUGAGCUACGGAGAAGGUGGCAAGCCCAGCGAGGAAUACAAGGCGGCCUACCUACGCAAGCUGCGCAAACAGGUGCUCCAGCGGGCGGACCAGGGCAAGCAGAACCAGAGCCAGAACGACGGAGACGACGAGGCGCCCACUGUGCUGGCCCUGUCCGACUUGCCAGCCCUCGCUGCCGCUCCCGCCGACGCAGAUGCUCUGAUCACAGUGAAGUCGCAGCAGCUGGAGAAGGCCAAAGUCAAGGCCGUUUGAGCCACGCAGGUGGACUGGGAUUCGGACCCAAGUGGAGUAACAUGGUGCUGGUUUUCGGGCUGAUGUCAUUGCGUGCUUGCCAUAAACAACAACAAAAACUAA